AGUGAGUGACUUUUACCAUUGAACAGCAUUCAGAUGAGAAGCAUCGGAAUAUCAGCAUCAGGAUAAAUUGUUAAUUCUUCACUUCUCGUCAUCAUCUUAUAUAAGUUAAUUCUUGUGUUCAACUGUGUUAAUUGUUUCUAAAUACAAUUGUUAUUCAUUUUAAUUCUUCAUAUUCUUCUAUCUCUCUGGGUAGAAACAUCAGUUCGUUCAAAUGUAUUCCAUCAAAGUGAUCGUUUUAUUGAUCCAACUCUCAACCGUCUUUUCAUCAGAACCAAGUUAUGGCUCUGAAUAUUCACCAGAAUGUGCAUUAAUUGUAUCAAGGAGUAAACCUUAUGCCUCUGACCAUCAACCGCCCGAUCAUGAGCCAAUCAAAAUGUCCCCUGGACUUAAUUACAUCUCAGAUUAUGUUCCAAGAUUAAAACGAUCUACAUAUUAUCCAGGAGAAGGUCAAAUUUGUAUAACAUAUGAAGAUGUUAAUCGUGCCGUUCACGAGGCCAAAACCCGUUUGGGUAGUUAUGUUCCCGAAGAGAUUAAGGAAUUAUCUUCAGAUUCACCCAAAGAGACUCAUAUCUCCGUCUCAGCUGAGAUUAUAUUAGAAGCGACCAGAAUAUUGGCCAAUUGGUAUGACCUUUCAAGAGAGACAAUUCUUUUCGGUUUACCUCGUAUCGAUACCUAUCGAACUGCCGUCCGAGACAUUUGUCCCUCUUUCUUAAAGCCCGUUAAAUGUGAAAUCAGUAAAUAUCGUACAUUAACCGGAAUGUGUAAUAAUUUGGAUUAUCCAUCAUGGGGAUCAGCUCGUUCAGCAAUGGUCAGAUUUUUACCUCCCGCUUAUGCCGAUGGUAUUUCUGAAUCUCGACGAUCAGCUGAUGACGAUUCUGAGCUUCCAUCAGCACGUUUGGUUUCCUUCAUUAUCCAUCAAGAUGUUUCCGAACGUGAUCAAUAUGUUACCAAUUUAUUAAUGGCUUAUGGUCAGUUAAUUGACCACGAUAUGACCUUAGGUGCAACUCCAACCAAUGAAUUUGGUGAACCAUUGAAAUGUUGUGAAGGUGAAGAUGAUUCUCAUCCAGCAUGUUUACCCGUUAAAAUACCUCGAGAUGAUCCUUUCUACAAGUUUUUCAAGCGAACCUGCAUGAACUUUGUUCGAGUUGUCGCUGGUCUUAAGCCUGGUUGUCCAUUGGGUCCAAGAGGUCAAGUUAAUUCAAUCUCCGCCAUUUUGGAUGGUAACUUUGUCUAUGGUUCAUCACAAGAGGUUAGCCAAAAGUUGAGAGCUCUUAAAGGUGGUCGCCUAAAGACAACACCAAUGUACAAGGAAUUGGGUCUUAAAGAUUUACUUCCCAUGAAGACAAGUGACCCCGACAAAGGCUGUCAAAGAGGUGGUCGACCACGAAACUUGUACUGUUUCGAGGCUGGAGAUCCUCGUGCCAAUGAACAACUUGGAAUCACCACUUUACACACCGUUUUUAUGAGAGAACACAAUAGAAUCGCUGAUUUCCUUGCUUUCGCUAAUCCUCAUUGGGAUGAUGAGACCGUUUUCCAAGAGACCCGACGAAUUAUUGUCGCUGAAAUUCAACACAUUACCUUCAACGAAUUCUUACCCGUUGUCUUAGGCCGAGAAAAGAUGUCCAAAUAUGGAUUAGAUUUGGCUGAACACGAUUUCUACAAUGGUUAUGAUUCUAAGAUUAAUCCAGGAAUGAGACUUGGCUUCCAAGCUGCUGCUUUCCGUUUCGGUCACUCAAUCCUUCCCGAUGUUAUCGAGAGAUACAACAAAUAUCACGAUAAAAUUGAAUCAAUCCGAUUGUCUCAAUUACUUCAACAACCAUAUGAACUUUACAAACCUGGUCACCUUGAUUCGUUCAUUUUAGGUUUGGUCAAUCAACAGGCUAACAGAAUGGACCCAGAAGUGUCAACCGAAGUAACUAAUCAUCUUUUCGAGAAACCCGGUGAACAUUUCGGUAACGAUUUAGCUGCAAUUAACAUCCAAAGAGGACGAGAAGUUGGAUUACCUGGUUAUAACGCUUUCCGUGAAUUCUGUGGAUUGAAAAAGGCUAAAGGAUUUUACGAUCUUAUUGGCACCUUUGAUAACAAGACUGUCCACCGAAUGGCCAGUAUUUACAAACACGUUGACGAUAUUGACCUUUGGUCAGCUGGUGUAGCUGAAUACCCAUCACCUGGUUCACUGGUUGGACCAACAUUCGCUUGUAUCAUUGGUGAACAGUUUGCUAAUCUUCGUCGUGGUGACAGAUUUUGGUACGAAAAUUCAGGAUGGCCAUCAUCACUUACUCUCGAACAACUUAAUGAAGUUCGUAAAGUUAAAUUAGCCAAAUUAUUGUGCGAAAACACAGAUGAUAUUCAAACAAUUCAACUUUAUCCUCUUCUUAUGCCCGAUCAUCAUUCAAAUCCCUAUGUUGAAUGCCGUGAUUUACCAUCAAUGGACCUUUCCGUUUUCAAUGAUUAUUCAUACAAAUCAAAGGCGAAAGCAGCAGCGGCCGCAGCCAAGGCUCGAGGGGCUUAAAUUCACACGCUUCGAACACAAAAUCACAAUCUAAUCAUCAGAAUUAGAAAUGUUCACGAAGAAAAGUGCCCAACCUUUUAAUUUUUCAAGUCAAAUCUUCAUCAUCAUCCCUUUUAUCAUCUUCGUUUUUCUUUCUCUCUCUUUCUUUUUUUAAACAUCAUCUUUGCAAAUUUUUUUUCUAUUUUUUUCUACUCUAUGGAUUAUUCAUUCGUCUCAUCAUCUUGUUAAUUCAUUUUUCAUCAUUCGUUCAUCAAUCCAAACAAAAAUUCAUUCAUUCAUUCACCUCCUAAACGCCAAGUCGAGGUCUCUGUCCACUCAAACAAAAUCGAUGCCAAUCUUUUAAAUAAUAUAAUUCAUUUUCCUUUUAAUUAUUAUCAUUAUUUCAACUUUCUCGUAAAAACCGUUAUCACAAUUUACUUUUCAAUUGUAAAUCAUUGUUGAUAAUUAUUGUUACACGAAUUGGUAUUAUCAUUUAUCGUUGCCAUUCAUCACAAUUAACUUUGUGCUCAUUAUUAACCAUUCAUCCCAUCAACAGUAAUUUAGUUGUAGUGUGUUUAUGGAAAGUCAAUGUCAACUUUAUAUAAUAUAUAUUGUCAAUUAAUCAACUGAUUACGAGAGUUAAUUGUUCAACUAAUUGAAAUGUUUCUCUCAGAUUUCUGCUCUUAAUAUUAAUCUGUAAACAUAAUUUCAACAAUGAUUAAUGAAAGUAAAAAUAAUGAUGAUAAUCAACACCAAAUGAUAAUUGUAACCUUUUCGUUACUAAAUCAUAAUUGAAAGUGAAACAAACAAACAAACAAAAGGCCAACAAAUUAUAUUAGCAAAUUAAUUGUGAAAUUUGAAAAGAAAUUUGAUCAUGAUCAAUAUCUGAUUAGUUUCACAAUUGACAAUCUAUUCCUAAUUUGAUUCAUAAUUUCAUCUAAUUCUCUCUCUUUUCGUUUCUCACUAUUGUAAAUAACUAAAUCGACAAUCAAGGAGCAUUAUUCUUACCAAUGUAUUAGCACCUUAGACCUAAAAAGCAUCACCAUCAUCUAGAACGCACAUGAUAAUUGAAAUAAAUCGCUUGUAAAUCAAUACAAUUAAAUUUAUUUUCAA